AAUGUGAAGUGGAACCUUUCGACCGGAAGAUAUCAUGUUACAUUGCGUGUCUUGAAACCAUAGCUAAUAAUGAAGAAGGAUGCAGGCGCGAAAGAGCACAAUAUUUGCUCGAUCAAUAUAGAAAGGCGAGCGGGAAAUGGAUGGCAAGGGAUUCUCUGAGUACCGGCCCUGUUGGAGCCCAAAUGGUUCUCGAGGCUGGUCCUAAACCCGAUUACAAAAGAGCAAGAAAUUGGGAAAGAGAACGUGUCUAUGGAUCGAUCUACUUCCACCAGCCGACAUUCGUGGAUGGAAAUCUCAGUGGGACUGUGAAUAAUGGAACAAUAGGAACUGUAAAUGGGAUCGUUUCAGGAUCUUCAAAAAGAGAGGUUCAAGUUCCCGAUAAUCAGGAUAAUGAUAAAGUCCCAAAGCGGACGAGAAUUGAUGAUUAUUUCCCUGUUCGUUGGCGAGAUCAACAACCAAGAACUCCCGAACACCAAAUAUAUCCGUCAAUAUAUCCGUCAGGUUUUGGGUUCCCUUGUGUUCAAAAGAACGAUAUCGAGAAUUCGUAUGAUAUGCGAUUUUAUGAAGAUAUUAACAUUAACGAAGACAUCUACGUAGAUGAAAUACAUUUGUCUCAGGAG